AUGGCUGUAGACAAUAACAGUGAAAUAUUUGAAUUUAUCUUCUUGGGAUUUCCAGAUCAGCCAGAAUUGAAGAUUCCCAUUUUCACAUUGUUCCUACUGAUCUACAUCAUCACUGUGGUGGGUAACCUAGGGAUGAUUUUGGUGAUCAGGUUGGACACUCAGCUUCAUACUCCCAUGUACUUUUUCCUCAGUAAUUUGGCUUUCCUAGAUUUUUGCUACUCUUCCAACAUUACCCCCAAAGCCUUGGAAAAUUUCUUAUCAGAAAGGAAAACCAUUUCCUUCAUGGGAUGCUUCAUCCAAAUGUAUUUCUUUGUUGCUCUUGCAAGUACAGAGUUCAUCCUUUUUGGGCUGAUGGCAUACGACCGUUAUGUGGCCAUCUGCAACCCUUUGCUGUACACAUCUAUCAUGUCCCAUACCCAAUGCAUCAAGAUGGCAGGUGGAGCAUUCACAGCUGGCUUCUUGAACUCAAUUAUUCAUACCACGUUGGUAGGCACUUUGUCUUUCUGCCAGUCCAAUGAAAUCAACCAUUUCUUCUGUGAGAUCCCUCCACUCCUCAAGCUCUCUUGUUCUGAUACAUCUGUAACUGAAACACUAGUCUUUAUUUGUGCUGGAAUCAAUAUGCUGGGCUCUCUCCUAAUAAUACUGAGUUCCUACAUGUACAUCCUUUCUGCAGUGCUCCAGAUAAAUUCUUCCAAGGGCCGCCAAAAAGCCUUCUCUACGUGUAUCUCUCACCUGAUAGCUGUGACUAUAUUCUAUGGAACUACUAUCUAUGUUUACUUGCAACCCAGUUCGAAUUAUUCAGAAGGUCAGAAUAAAGUUGUGUCUGUGUUUUAUGCCUUUGUCAUCCCAAUGCUCAAUCCCUUAAUCUACAGCCUGAGGAACAAGGAGGUGAAGGAUGCUUUGAAGAGAGUAUUGGAUAAAAACUCAUUUUCACAUUUAAUGUAA